GGAGCUGACCCCAGUGUCUUGCGAAUGGCCCCGCGGCCCGCGGGCCGGGUCUCGCGCCCCUACGGCUCCUGCCUCCGCUUCGCGGUCACCGGCCCUGCGGCCUCUUGUGAGGACUAGCGGCCUUCCCCGCAGGCGCCAUCUUGAGGGGCAGCUCCAGCUCUUUCUUCCUCAAACCCUGCCCCGGAGCGGCGAGUCUGACAGCCUGGCCAGAGCCCCCCAGCCUCUCAGUCAGUCACACACAGGGCACAGCCACUGACGUGGUCACACUCCUCCACUCCCGUAGUGUUCAGUCAUUGACAGUGGCCCUCACACACUGGACACGAUCAUUCACACCCACACCCCACAGUGUCACGUGGUCAAGUUUCAGCUGCUUGAGUGAGUGCCAUUCCGCACAGAGUCACACACACAUGGGUUAAAGCCACUCGUCCAGUGUCACUCUACACUGCCUCAUACAAUCCCUGUCACAAGUACAAUAGAUAAUUACUCAUCACCCACUGUGUACCAGGCACUUGGGAUGCUGUUCCUGUCUUCACUGGGAUAUGGAAACAAUUCUGGAAACUGGAAGUCCAAGAUCAAGGUGUCAGCAGGAUUGGUACCGUCUGAGAGCAGUGAGGAAGAACCUGUUCCAUACCUCUCUUCUAGCUUCUGGCGGUUUGCUGAAAAUCUUCAGCAUUCCUUGCUACAGGAAGGAUGUUACCUGUGACGAUGAGAAUGUCAGUGCUGCUGCUGCUACUGCCCCUGAGUCAGGCUGUUCCCAAACACGGCACCACGAGGCUGGACCCUGAAGUGCAGCAUCCACCUCUACCCAACCCCUUCGAGCCAGGCCAGGAGCAACUUCAACUUCUGCAGAGCUACCUAAAGGGACUAGAGAGGAUGGAAGAGGAGCCGGAGCACAUGAGCCGGGAGCAGGUUCUCCUUUACCUCUUUGCUCUCCACGACUAUGACCAGAGUGGACAGCUGGAUGGCCUGGAGCUGUUGUCCAUGUUGACAGCAACUCUGGCCCCUGGAGCUUCCGACUCUCUCACCACCAACCCGGUGAUCCUCGUAGUGGAUGAGGUGCUGGAGACCCAGGACCUGAAUGGGGAUGGGCUCAUGACCCCUGCAGAGCUCGUCAACUUCCCCGGAGAGGCCCCGAGGCACACAGAUCUCAAAGAGCCCCCAGAGCCACAGGAUGUUGGGAGGCGGCCUCUGUUGGCUAAAAACCCGUCAAGACAAGAAGCACAUGAAGCCCCAGGUCCUAGAGAAGAAGCUGGGGGACAGGUGGAGGCCAGAAGGGAGUCCUUGGAACCUGUACAGGAGGCUGGGGGACAGGCAGAGGCUGCAAGAGAAGCCCCAGGCCCUGGAGGGGAGGUUGGGGGACAGGUAGAAGCCAGGGACACUGGAGAGAGAGCAGAAGAGCUUCCAAGGGAAACACUGGAGUCUAAGAAAACCCCAAAUGAGCUUGAGGUUCAUGCUAUUCAGCUGGAGAAUGAUGAGAUAUAAACCUUGAGGAUACAGGUUUGCACACCUAGAAGUCUCAGUGCCAGAACAUAUGCCCCAAAGGGUAGGGUGUGUGUGUUAGGACAACGACCACCUCUGUGCCCCCUUCCUGGCCCCAGUAGGUGGCAGGUCUUUCUGUGCAGCUCAGGGAGACCCUAAGUUGAAGGGCAGCUUUAGGGCCCAGAAAACCAAUAAAGAGCCAAAUGAACCCAUCCCUCUGGGCCAUCGAUCCACUGGUCCAGCCUGCCCUGACCUCAGGCUGCAGGGGGUUGGGACUGGGCAGUCCUCUUGGGAGGGCAGGAAUUCAGUUUACCCAGUGUUCCCAGAUGGUGCUGAGACACAGCAGAGCACAGCACUAGGCCACAGCCAGCUGCAGACAACCCGGGGAAGGGAGCUCAGCCUUUCCCUGGGGCCUAACCACUAGAACGCCCUCCUGCAGUUCAGGGUAGAUCUUCUCCAUCAUCCUGUAUCUGCUCCCCACCCCUACCAUUUAUUGAGAACCUAGUACACACUGGGCAUCAUGCUGGGCAUUUUACAUAUUGUGAUUUUAUCCUCACGAUAAUUCUAUGACCAGGCAGAAUUAGCACCAUUUGACAGAUGAGGAAAUUGGGGAAGAUGCAGUUCAGUAAUGUACUCAUGGUCCCAUAGUUAAGUGGCAGAUUUGAAUUCGGGCCUGUCUGAGCCUAAAGCCCAUACCUUUUAUCACAUUCUACGGCCUCACCACCCUGCCCCAACUCCCAUAUGGAAAUUCACCAAUUCCCAUAUGCCCUCAGACCAGGUCUCCCCCAGGGAAAGCAAUGCUUUGCAUUCCGGGUCACAUUUGUGGCUCAGGCACCGCCUUAACUACAAGGCGGCUCCAAGGGUGGGGCGGUCAGGCUCGGGGUCAGUCAUUGGGGAGAUAUUUUUGGACUGCAGAGACUCCGCCUAACCAGAGGAGGCUCCCUGCCCGCUGGCCUGUCAGGUUGGCUCAGCCAUGUGGACACACUUGUGGCCACUGGAGUCUUGUGACAGAGCUGGGGCCCAGAGGAGCUUUUCUCAUGGCUUGUGGUUAUUUGGAAGGUUCCCUGGGGUACAAGGGGUUAAGUCUCCUCCCCCGCCAGGAAGGCUGGAAGUCUGGCCCUCUACCCUGAGCUGGGGCCCCAGCAGGGGCACAGCUGGUGGCAAGCCUGGGGCACUUCCUGCUGCUCUGGUCUGGGUGGCCCUUCCUCUGGGCCUGGGCAGGAGGUGAAUUUGGGGAAUAGAGAAAAAAAGGGCACAGGACUUCAGGAUCAAAGCCUCCAGAAUCCCCAGCCAGAGCAGCUCAGACAU